AAUGUUUGUAGCGGAAUUAGGAAUCAUAUUUCUCACAAUUUAUUUAGCAAUGACGAAUCCUACCCAAAAGUUCUUAUCCGACCUCAAGAGCCGCAAUGAGGAUAUUCGAAAUAAAGCGGCAAGAGAUCUUCAUCAUUACAUCAACACAGAACUACGAGAAAGAUCAACGGAAGAUAUAUCCGAAUUUCUCGACAAUUUCAAUCAUCAAAUUAUCAAUAUGCUAUCAAGUAAUGACUCAAAUGAGAAGAAAGGCGGAAUAUGUGGGAUGUGUUCCUUAAUUGGAGUUGACAUUGGACAUUUUAGUACAACAUCAAGUCGUUAUGCGAAUAAUUUAAGGAAUUUACUACCUAAUAGCGAUGUUUCUGUAAUGGAGAUGGCAGCAAAGGCCAUUGGAAAGUUAGCUUUACAUGCAGCAUCCUUAACAGACGAAUAUGUAGAUAAAGAAGCUCAUAGAGCUUUUGAAUGGCUCCAAGGAGAUAGAGUCGAACUUAGAAGACAUGCAGCUGUUCUAGUUUUAAGACAACUGGCAAUUCAUGUUCCUACUUUCUUUUUUCAGCACAUUCCAGCUUUUUUCGAUAGUAUUUUUCAGGCUAUUCGAGAUCAGAAAUCUGUCAUAAGAGAGGGUGCUGCUGCAGCCUUAAAGUCAGCAUUAGUUGUUACUUCCCAAAGAGAGAGUAAAGAACGUGGAAGAUUUACUUGGUACGAGAAAUGCUUCAAAGAAGCUGAAAAGCAAUAUGAUGAAAUUUUAAGCCGCAAAAUGUCACGUGAUGAUUGGGCUCAUGGAAGUUUGCUUAUAAUAAAUGAACUUUUACGAAUAUCGAACGUUGAAGGAGAAAGAGUUAGAUUUGAAAUGGAAGAAAUUACAAAAGAACAAUUGCAGCAUGAACGAAGCUACAAAGAAUUACAUUCAUCCAAAUCAGGAAAACAUCAAAAUAACCCUUCUCACUUACAGUUGUCUGGCAUUGCUUUUUCUAGUCCCAGACCUUCAAAAGCAGCUUUAGUUGAAAGUAAAACUUGUAAAGAGCUUACAAAUGAGGAAUUUAAAAAUCUCUGUUCGAUCGUUUUGAAGAAUAGGAAUAGUAAAAAUCCUUUGAUCAUGCAAGCGUUAUCUACUGUUUUACCGAGAUUGUCAGCUUUUAAUCCACAUGAAUUUAUGAAAUACUAUUUCGAACUGAGUAUAAACUAUUUGUAUUCAUCUAUUAGGGAAAAACGAGAAAGAGCAGCCGCAUUUCACAGUAUUGCCUUAAUUGCUGUUUCUAUUCAGAAAGAUAUCACACCUCAUUUACCAGCUAUCAUGGAGCAUAUAAAAAAGUGUUUACCAAUGAGGGAUAUAACGUCUAAAAAGACAAAGACUGUAAUUGUUGAGCCUGCUGUUUUCUUUUGUAUUAGUAUGUUAGCUCGAGCUGUUGGUCAUCAAAUAUCCGCAGAGGUUAAAGAUCUUUUGGAGCCUAUGUUUGAAUCAGGUCUAAGUCCUGCUUUAACAGCUGCUCUUAAAGACUUAGCCCAGCAAAUACCUGCCUUAAAGAAAGACAUUCAAAGCGGACUUUUACAAAUGUUAAGCAAAGUUUUGAUGGGAAAAUCUUUGAAACCUCUAGGUUCAGGUCGACAAAGUCGACCUUCCAUGCCUGCGGUUCCAUCUUUUUCCACUUUAGAUUCCUACCAGAAUGUUGGGAAUGUUACCUUGGCUUUAAAAACUCUGGGUAGCUUCGAUUUUGAAAAUCAGACUCUAAAACAAUUUGUUCGCCACUGUGCCGAUAAUUAUUUGUCAUCGGAGAGGAAGGAAAUUAGAAUGGAGGCCGUGAGAACUUGUACUAGACUUCUAUUACCCUCCGUUGCUCUCGCAUCUUCUCAUCAGCCCAGUGAUUCAGCUAUGAAUACUGUUGCUGAAGUUUUAUCAAAACUUUUAGUUGUCGGUAUAACCGAUUCGGAUGCAGAUAUUCGAUACAGCGUAUUGUUGUGGUUGGAUGAAAGAUUUGAUCCUCAUCUUGCUCAAGCUGAAAAUCUUUCAGCUUUAUUAUUGACCGUGAAUGAUGAAGUGUUUGAAAUAAGAGAAUUAGCUAUAGCAACAAUAGGCAGAUUAUCAAGCAAAAAUCCUGCUUACGUAAUGCCAAGCUUAAGAAGGUUACUUAUUAAUAUUUUGACUGAAUUAGAACAUUCAGGUAUGGGAAGAAAUAAAGAACAAGCAGCAAAACUUCUUGGCGUUCUAAUAUCAUCUGCCCCUAGACUUAUAAGACCUUACAUGGAGCCAAUUUUAAAUGUUUUAAAGCCGAAAUUGAAAGAGAAUGAUCCAAAUCCCGCCGUUACAAUAGCUAUAAUGAACGCUAUUGGUGAACAAGCUCAAGUGUGCGGAACAGAAAUGAGAGCAUAUGGAGCUGAACUUUUGCCUCUUAUAUUCGAUAUGCUGCAAGAUUCUGUAUCUCAUCAGAAACGAGAGGUGGCUGUUUGGACUUUGGGGCAAUUAGUAGAAAGCACUGGAUUUGUAGUGGAGCCCUACGAGUUAUCACCUGCUCUGUUGGAUGUUUUGCUAAGCUUCUUAAAAACAGAACAAACACCGGUGAUGCGUAGGGAGACACUGAGAGUCUUAGGUUUACUUGGCGCUUUAGAUCCCUACAAAUACAAAGUCCACACCGGUGUUAUUAAUCAGUCCGCUGGUGCUGCCUUAUCCGAGGCAAAGCCAGGCGAAAACCGUUUAGGUCAAACUGAGAUGAAUUCUAAUACAGAAACUUUAAUUGCUAUGAGCACGGCUGCAAGUCUGGAUGAAUUCUACCUUGUAGUUUCUCUAUCUGCCCUGCUAAGAAUCCUAAGAGAUCCAACCCUGGUACAAUAUCAAAAAGCUGCCGCUCGUUCCAUUAAUCUGAUAUUCAAGCAUUUGGCAUUAAAGUGUAUUCCCUAUUUGCCACUUUUACUUCCUGAUUAUAUGUGUGUCUGUCGGUCAACUGUAGAUUUAAAUUUCAAAGAAUCUUUAUUUAAAGACUUAGCAGACAUGGUUACUGCAGUGGGAGAACACAUGAGGAAAUAUUCAGCCGAUUUAUUUGCUCUUGUUAAAGAAUUUUGGCCACAAUGCAGCAUAACUGUCAUUUCGUUGUUGGAGGCUUUAGUUUCAGCCUUAGGUCCCGAUUUCAAAGUUUACCUGCCAGAAAUUAUACCUCAUAUGCUAAAGACCCUUGCUCACGAUUCAAGUCGAGAUCGCCAUGUAACUGUUGCUCUGUUGACUGCAUUACAAAAAUUUGGAGUGAAUUUAGAUGAUUAUCUUCAUUUACUUUUACCUCAUUUAAUCAAGUUGUUUGAUAAUCAAGAUGUCCCACUUCCCGUUAAAACUUUAUCUCUCGAAACAAUAGCAACUUUCAGUGACAGCGUAGACUUAACCGAAUAUGCAUCAAAGCUGAUUCAUCCGCUGGUUAGGACUAUGGACAAUUCAGCUGACUUGAGAACUUGUGCUUUAAAGACGUUAAUUUGUCUUAUGAGACAGUUAGGAAAAAAGUUUCUUAUUUUUGUACCUAUGGUUAAAAAAAUUACACAACAACACAGAUUUGAUGAAACUACUAAAGCUGAGUUUGAACUAUUAACAAGUAGAAUAAUUAAAGGAACAACAAUAGGAGAAGAAGAUCAAGACCCUCUCUUAAGGAAAGUUGAAAAAGAGAGAAAAAAUGAAGAUGCCAAAGGAUCAAAACCAGCAGAAAUGAGUAUAGGGAAAUUGCACAUUAGUUCAGCCAGUUUACAAAAAAUAUUUCAAACAAAUCGUCAAGUUUCAAGAGAUGACUGGAUUGAGUGGCUCAGAAGGCUAUCUGUGGCUUUCCUGUCGAAUUCCCCUUCUUGGGCCUUAAGAACUUGUAGUAGCGUAGCUUUGUCUUACCCGGCUCUGGCAAGACAUCUUUUUAAUGCUGCAUUUGUCUCGUGUUGGACUGAAUUACAGGAUAUGCAACAAGAUGAUUUUGUUGCUUCGUUAGAAAAUGUUUUAAAAACCCAAGAUAUUCCAGAGUUAACUCAAACAAUACUUAACUUGGCUGAAUUCAUGGAUCAUUGUGAUAAGGGACCAAUACCUAUUAAUACAAGUUUAUUGUCAGAUAAAGCAGUUCAAUGUAGGGCAUUUGCAAAAGCUCUGCAUUAUAGGGAGGAAGCCUUCCAUUCGGAGCCCACAAAAGCCGUUUUAGAGAGUUUAAUUUCGAUAAAUAUCAAGUUAGGCCAGUCUGAAUCUGCAGCAGGUUUGUUAGAAUACGCUCAGGAAAUGUACGGACAAGAUAUUCAGGAAAGGUGGUAUGAAAAGCUUCACGAUUGGCCAAACGCUUUAAAAAAAUAUGAACAAAAGUUACAAUACGCUACAACUGAUAGCGAACUUACCUUAGGUAGAAUGCGCUGUCUGGAAGCCCUUGGAGAAUGGGAAGAUUUGCAACGAGUUGCCAAGCAAGAAUGGCAACAUGCCGAGAGCACUUUCAAACAAAGAAUGGCAAGGAUGGCUUCGGCUGCUGCUUGGGCUUUGAGGGAUUGGGACUCAAUGGAGGAAUACUCUUGUAUGAUUCCAAGAGAUACAUACGAUGGAGCUUUUUACAGAUCUGUUCUUGCCCUUCAUAUGGAUCAAUUUCAAUUGGCUCAGCAAUGUAUAGACAAAGCUAGAGAUAUCGUUGACACAGAAUUAACUGCUAUGGCUGGGGAGAGCUAUAGUCGAGCAUAUGGAGCAAUGGUAAAUGUACAGAUGUUGAGUGAGUUAGAGGAAGUUAUACAAUACAAAUUGGUACCAGAAAGAAGGGAUGUCAUAAAGAAGAUGUGGUGGAAACGUUUGCAAGGCUGUCAAAGGGUUGUUGAGGAUUGGCAAAAGAUCAUACAUGUUCAUUCUCUUGUUCUAACACCUAGAGAACACAAACAAACUUGGUUGAAAUAUGCAUCGCUUUGUAGAAAGUCCCAACGUCUUAAGCUCUCUCAUAAAACUCUUGUGACAUUGCUUGGUGCUGACCCUCAAUCCAAUCCCUCCGCAUCUAUUUGUAUUGAAGAGCCUGAAAUUACCUUGGCUUAUUUUAAGCAUGCUUGGAAAAGCGAACAAGGAGAAAAACCGCUUUCUGAUUUGACUUCAUUCGUCAGAAAUCAAUUGGAACCAAAAUUAUCUGACUUUGAAGCUAUUAGAAGCGACAAGACUGAAGCUUUGAAAGUGUUACUAGCAAAAUGUUACAUGAAAAUGGGUGAAUGGAAUGAAGCUCUUCAUGGCGUUGAAGAUGCAUCAAUUCCGCAUAUUUUAGAAUGUUACUCAGAAGCGAAGAAAAAGCACGAUGAAUGGUACAAGUCAUGGCAUGCAUGGGCCUUUAUGAAUUAUAAAUCGGUUUUAUUCUUCAAACAAAAAUCGAAUAAAGAUCCAAAGGAAUCGGAGAAGAAACGUGAAAAUAGAAUCAAAUCUUAUUGUGUUCCAGCUGUUAACGGUUUUUUUAAAUCUAUUUCUCUUUGCAGUAUUGGUAGAUCACUACAAGAUACUUUAAGACUUUUAACGCUUUGGUUUGAAUACGGAUCAUUUGCCGAAGUUUAUGAAGCUUUAGUCGAGGGGUUAAAAACAAUUCAGAUGGAUCAUUGGCUUCAAGUUAUACCUCAGCUUAUGGCUAGAAUUGAUACCAAUAAGCCCAAUGUUAGAAAUUUAAUUCAGCAAUUAUUAUCUGAUAUAGGCCGAGCUCAUCCACAAGCUCUUGUUUAUCCCCUAACAGUAGCAGCUAAAUCAAGUGAUGAAAUUCGAAAACAAGCUGCUACCAGAGUGUUAAAUAGUAUACGAGAACAUCGACCUCUUCUUGUUGAUCAGGCUGUACUGAUGUCUGAUGAAUUGAUUAGAAUAGCUAUAUUAUGGCAUGAAUUAUGGCAUGAAGGCCUAGAGGAAGCAUCGAGGUUAUUUUUUGGUGAAAAGAAUAUUAGUGGGAUGCUUGCAACUCUAGCCCCCCUUCAUGGUAUGCUAGAUAAAGGUCCCAGUACUUUAAAAGAGACAUCUUUCGAACAAACCUACGGUAGAGAUCUUCGUGAAGCAGCUGAGUGGUGUCGUAAAUAUGAACGAUCUAAUAAUCUUAAAGAUUUAACACAAGCAUGGGAUCAAUACUAUCACGUUUUCCGUCGAAUAACAAAACAAUUACCGCAAAUGACAACAUUAGAAUUACAAUAUGUCAGCCCUAAACUCUUGGCUGCUAGAGAUAUGCAACUAGUCGUACCAGGUACAUACGAUCCUCAACAACCAGAGGUAAGGAUCAAGUAUGUACAACAAACAUUGUCUGUGAUUACGUCUAAGCAAAGACCCAGAAAGUUAUCAAUAUUUGGAUCAGACGGUCACGAAUAUCAAUUUUUAUUAAAAGGCCAUGAAGAUUUGCGGCAGGAUGAGAGGGUUAUGCAACUAUUUGGUUUGGUAAAUUCCUUGUUGGCUCGAAGUAGUGACACCGCUAAACGCAAUUUGAGUAUUCAAAGAUACUCAGUCAUUCCCUUAUCUACAAACUCUGGUUUAUUGGGUUGGGUACCUCAAACAGACACACUGCACUCCUUAAUUAGAGACUAUAGAGAGAGAAAAAAGAUACUUUUAAAUAUAGAACAUAGAAUAAUGCUCCGAAUGGCACAGGAUUAUGAUCACUUACCAUUAAUGAAGAAAGUUGAAGUUUUUGAGCACGCUCUUGAGCAUACUCAAGGAGAUGAUCUAGCCAAAAUUUUAUGGUAUAAAUCGCCUAGCUCCGAAGUAUGGUUUGACCGCAGAACAAACUAUACAAGAUCGCUAGCGGUUAUGUCAAUGGUUGGAUACGUUUUAGGGUUGGGUGAUCGUCAUCCAUCCAAUCUUAUGUUGGAUAGACUUAACGGAAAAAUAAUUCAUAUAGAUUUCGGAGAUUGCUUUGAAGUUGCCAUGAUUAGAGAUAAAUUUCCAGAAAAAAUACCUUUCAGAUUAACAAGAAUGUUAACAAAUGCCAUGGAAGUAACUGGUAUUAAUGGAAAUUAUCGUCAUACUUGUAUUUCCGUAAUGAAUGUCCUGAGAUCUAAUAAAGAUUCGGUUAUGGCUGUGUUAGAAGCGUUCAUAUAUGAUCCUCUGCUUAAUUGGAGAUUAAUGGAAGGUAAAGCAGCUAAACACUCAAAGAAAGGGUCUGGUAGUUAUACAGAAGUUGGUGCUCCAGUUGUUACCUCAUCAACAGAGGCAGUUAUAGAUGAUCCUGCUAUGUUAGAUCUCGCCGGUCCUAGUAGAAAAACGGUUGGGGACAGAAUAAGCUUAUUGAAUAAAUCUGGUCAGAGCGAAGGAUUAAAUAAAAAGGCUGUUGCAAUAGUUGGUAGAGUAAAGGACAAGUUAACGGGAUUCGACUUUCAAAGCAGAAAAGACGGUGUUGAUGUUGGUACACAAGUUGAUUUACUCACAAAACAAGCUACUUCGCAUGAAAACUUAUGUCAAUGUUAUAUUGGAUGGUGCCCGUUUUGGUAA